AUGAAUGGAAUCAAUUUGCAAUCCUUGUUCUUUGUCAGUUUACCUGACCUGCGCAAGCUGUGUGGUGUAAAAGUGUCUUUGCUCUGUGACCCCAGUGAUGGUGAUGCCAGAAAUAAACAGAUGAAGAUGUGCAGAGAACUGUUGUUCCUUUAUCCAGAUCUCCUUGUUUCUCCUGUACCAGGAACAUGCAGUGAAAUCACUGUAAUAAUGGCAAUUACAUUUUUCAAAUCUGGGAGUAUACAAGCCUACACCCAAAGACAUGAAGCUAAGAUGGAUUCCCCACAAAGAGUACUACCAGGUAUGCUGCAGACAUGCCUCUCCUAUACACUCAUAGCUAAACUUGCUCCAAACUGGAACAAGGCUGGACAUCUACUGAUUCAAGUAAUGGAACUAAAUGUCACUGAAGCACAACUCUGUAUAAGUUUAGAAGCUUACACCAUCCGUUUGCCACCAGCAAAGCUUGAAGACUUUGAUAUUUCUAUGGGAAUUGUAAAGAACUUCUUCAACAACAGAAAUGCUGUAAUUCAGAAGUACUCCAUACCAAGCAACUGGUGUUAUAUAUUGCCUAGCAUGAAAAUGGGGCAGAUUAUCAGUGUCAGUCAUACCAUCUCACUAGACUGUCCAUUUCAGUCAUAUGAAGAUAUUCAGAAUCACUGGAAUAGUCUGUAUGGCUACAGGCUCCCCCACAUUAAUGAGGAAGAUGUUGUCUAUUGCAGUGUGUACUUCAAACUUAUAGGAGAGAGGCUCUUCACUUACCCAUUUUGUUGCAUCAGAAGUCUGCCUGUACAGCAUUUUCCUAGAGUAAAUUUGGAAGAAGUGCUGAGUUUGUUUGUUUCAGAACUAAAGGCUAAGCUCCAGCAUCUCUGUGGCUUGCCUGUGAAGAUGACUAGUAAGCCUUGCUAUUCCACAAGCAACCUUACCAACCCUCACUCAGAGGGAUCAUGUUCCAGGCCAGCAAAUCUCACGACUAAGGCUAACUACAGACCUGCUCUAACACAGCUUCCUACCAACAUUCAUCAGAGCUGUUCAGAGGGGACUGCACUGGGGCUUCCAUUCAGCCAGCAGAGGGUGUACUGCAGCUCACAGCUAACUAUGUUGUCGGCAGAGAAAUAUUCAGAAAGGUCAACAUUUGCUACUGAGAUUCAAAGAAAUAGCACACCAAUAAACGGUCAUUUCACACAGCCAUCUAACUCAUCUACCCCUCUCCAAGCCAGGAGUGAAAGCAAAAUAAUUCCGAUAUUCAAGAACAACAUUUUGCAGCUUAACGUUAAUGUCACGAAAAUCCUGGCAGAGAAGAGACAACAGAGCUUUGCAGCAGCAUCCCUCAUAUCUGGGAAUAAUGUAGGGGUAAUGGAGAAACCAGGCACUUCCUACCUUCAGAGGCCAGUGCCUAGUGUGACUAAUACCAAAUCUGCUUUAGCACAGCAACAACCUACAACCAAGUAUUCAGGAAAUCCUACAUCUCAUCCUUCAUUUACUAGCAAUGGGAAUGCUUUAUUCAAGGGGAAACCUGGAAUGUUACGACCACAGUUUAGCACAAAUAAGGCACUAACUCCAGGUCUUCAGAAGUUUGGCUGUGAUGGUAAGAGUACAGAUGUGUUUACACAAAACCGGUCCAAUCAAAUUGGAACAGUUCUUGCAAAAAACAAGGGCUCAGGGCCUCUGGUAACACAGCCUGAAAAGAAAAAUGAGACUGUUAAGAGAAAACCUCAGGAAAGUGGGUUGGAAUCGAAACCAAAGAAACCUAGAGCAAAAGCUGCUGUUCAAGAUGUGGAUGUGGAAGAGUAUGCAAGAAAUAAUCAGCUUUUAAAGGUUAAUAGCGUUACUCUUCAAGCCUGGCUGAAGAUGCGUGGCAUUUCUGUCAAGGCAAAGGACAAGAAAGAAGAACUGGUUUCUAAAAUUAUGCAAUGUAUCAGUGAACCGUGAGUUUGCUCCUUGUCAUAAAUACUAGAAGUGCUGCCGGAGUCUGCUUAAAAAGGUGGAAAUCUAUGAAGCAAAUGACAGUGUUCAUAGUUUUUUUUGUUUUGUAUUCCUCUCAGGAUUUCAAGGAUUUAGCAUGUUUUAUUAAUUAAAUAUGCCUAAUAAGUAAAUGUGCAAAACAUAGAUGCACUAAUAAUUUAUCAAAGUGUUUUAUAGUUAAUA